GUGAUAUUACUGUGGCUGGCCUUCACACGGGUCAUGUUCUAAGUAGAUAGCUAGCUAUCAAGCUAACUGAAUGAAGGAGACUCAUCGCAAAAUUAAGUCACAAGGAGGAGCUACAGCAUGCAGCGAUUGUUGAUACAGGCACUGGCCCUGAGACAGUUGGGAAGGCUGAGUACCCGAAAGCUGCUGAACCCUGGACAGGGACCUUAUUGGACAGAAUGGUGCCCAAGGACACUACACACUCGCCAGCUGUGUGGUUCCACCUCCUCCCUGACCCUUGGGACACACAAGCUUCUUACACGCUGGAAUACAGCUAAGAGCAGGUUGGUUCUUCAUCAGGUGAGGUUCAAAAGCAGCAAGAAGAAAGGAGGAGCAACGGCUGUACAGGAAGAAGAAGAAGAUGACGAAAAGGAAAAGGACCUGGAGGACAGUGACUAUGAGGAUGAACCUGAGGAUGACCCCAGUGUACCCAAAGACUACAAAGACAUAGAGAAAUAUGUGCAGUCCUUUCGAUAUGAUGUUAUCAUGAAAGCUGGCCUUGACAUAGCACGCAACAAAGUGGAGGAUGCUUUCUAUGGCAACAAGCUUUGGCUAAAUGGACAGAAACUGAUCAAGAAAAGUAAAUCGGUUAAAGUUGGGGACACCUUGGACCUGGUAUUGUCAGAGAACAAAGAAACAGACACUGUCACGCUUUUGAGAGUCAUCAUUAAGAAGGAAUUGGGUGAAUCCAAGGAUGGAGACCGGUCCAAAGUUGUUCUGAGGCGCUGGAAAAACUUAGAACUUCCUAAGCAGGAUGCCUUUAAACAAUGAGUUUUCAGUGUACAAUACUGACUAUACCGCUCCCCAUUGACAAGGGAAUUGGAAUAUCUACGUCUAUGCAUGAUGUUACAUCAAAUGGUGAAUUCUUUUUUACAUAGCCUUCUUGGUAUGUAUCAUCAUUGGCUUAUCUGGUUUCAAAUGGCCUUGACACAAUUUUCUAUGAACAAAUGUUAAUAACACUCAUUCUCCAAGUAUUACUAUGUAACUAUGAAAUGGAUAGUCAUGGUUUGAAUCGGAUGCAAGGGGAUAUAUGUGGGAUAAGUAUUAUGGAGUGCUAAAUGCUAAUAAAGUGAAAUGCUGAA